UUACCAAGAGACGUACGACACAUCGUGUGUAUUGUACUGCUUUGCUAGUUCGGUCGUACGAAUUUUGUGGCAAUUAAAAUAAAAAUACAACACACAAAUAUCAAGACUCAUCUCAGUGACCGUGAAUCUUCAUCGUCACUCUACAUUGUUUUUGUUUUAUUUAUUUAUUUUUUUCUCAUUGUGUUUGUGUGUUUCAUAGUUUCGAAUCAGAAUUUUCCAUUCGAAAAAAUUCGCUAAUUUAGAAUAUUCUGGUGAAAGAAGCGGAGAAGAAGAAAAAAAAAUACUGAGUGACGUGCAAGUGUGUCAAUGCUGAAAUAUUGUCCAUAAAUAAAAUUAAAAGACAAGUGGAUCCACUUUAGGGAAGAACAACAAUAGAAUUUAAUCGAAUUUUCGUUUGCAAUUUUGUUUUCGUGUCAAGUGAUGGAAUGAUGAAUGAAAGUAUCAAUCAAAAUCUAUCGAAUUGCUGCGUGUGCACAACUCAAUAAAAAUUAUUGAUUGCUUUGAAUUUAUGCAUACAAACAGAUUAGAAAAUUUUACUUUUGAAUUAAUUUGCCAGCGACAGCACGUUCGUGAACAUUUCUCAAUGGAAUUUUUUUCAGUUGUUUUUUCUUUCGAUACGUUUCGAAAAAAUUAAACGAGUAGCGUUCUCAAACGUAAUUCACCGAAUUAUUUUUUUCUGUGUUUAUUUUUACUGUCUCCUCAAUUUUGAGCUUAGUUGUUGUUUUUUUUCGUGUGGACUUUUGUUCCCGUGUGUAUUUGAAAAGAGAAAAAUGUGUACCGCAGACAAACGAAGGCAGAACAAUCGAUGUGAUUGUGUUGAUAGAAAUGCAAAUUCUUCGAUAAAAAUGGCAAUGUCACACGCGAAGAUUGUGCGACUCAAAUCGUUGCCCAUAUUGUACGGGGUGGCUGGUAUUUUUUUGUUUAGUGAUAUAGUUGCCAAAGUGCAUUGCGAAUCAACAGAUAUUGAAUUAGACGCAAAAGCAACAUUACUGCAUCGAAUCGAUAGUUUCAAUCUAUUAGUGUAUACAUUUUUACUAACGUUAACUAUUCUAACAAUAUGGUUAUUUAAACAUCAUCGGGUUAGUUGGCUCCAUGAAACUGGUUUGGCCAUUAUUUAUGGUUUAUUUGUUGGUGCAUUGAUACGAUAUGCUGCGAGUAAAACAACAACCACCCAUAUAUCGGUUUAUCCGAAUGUUUCGACGACAACGUACAACCAAAGCCUCCCACCCGAUUCACUAUGGUUCAAUUUUCCUGGGGAUUUGCCCAUAAAAAAUGUACAGGAUCAAACAUAUGCUUAUACAUUUCGUGGACAAAUGGUCAACAGGGAGGAGAAUGGAAUCGAUUUGAAGGCUAUUUUCGAUCCAGAAAUCUUUUUCAACAUCAUUCUACCGCCGAUUAUAUUCUAUGCUGGCUAUUCACUCAAACGGAAAUACUUCUUUCGUAAUUUGGGCGCUAUUCUGACGUUUGCCAUACUUGGAACCACUAUAUCUGCUCUGCUUAUCGGUUCGCUUCUGUAUGUUGCCAUUAAAUUCUUGCCGGGAAGUCUAAAAUUCACAUUUCUCGAUACACUUUACUUUGGAGCAUUGAUAUCACCGACCGAUCCAUUGACAAUACUGGCUAUAUUCAGUGCUUUACAUGUUGAUGUUAAUUUGUAUGCGCUGGUAUUUGGCGAAAGCGUUUUGAACGACGCUGUGGCUAUAGUAAUGAGUAGUUCAAUUCAAAAGUACGAUAAACAUUAUUCGAGCUCGGGUGGUUUUGAAGCUGGAGCAUUCUUUCAUUCUGUCGGUGAUUUUUGUCGCAUUUUUUCGCUAUCGCUUGCAAUUGGCGCAGUUAUGGGUUGUGUAACGGCGUUAAUGACAAAAUUUACACGAAUUCGUGACUUUCCGCUGCUUGAAUCGGCUUUGUUUGUUCUUAUGUCAUACAGCACGUUCCUUAUAGCCGAAGUAACGGAACUAACAGGAAUUGUUUCCGUUUUGUUUUGUGGCAUUUGCCAAGCACAUUAUACGUACAAUAAUUUAUCGGAUGACUCGCGUCUUCGUACCAAGCAAAUAUUCGAACUGUUGAAUUUUCUAGCGGAGAAUUUCAUAUUUUCGUACAUCGGUGUAUCCAUGUUCACUUUUCCCAAACAUCAUUUCGAUUUUCUCUUUAUUACCACGGGAUUUAUUUGUGCAAUGAUUGGACGAGCUGCUAACAUUUAUCCACUCUCAUUUCUAUUGAAUCUUGGACGAAAGCCGAAAAUUCCCAUGAACUUUCAACAUAUGCUUUUCUUUGCGGGCUUGAGAGGUGCAAUGUCCUUUGCGUUGGCCAUUCGAAAUACAGUUUCCGAAGCGCGACAAGCCAUGCUGACAACGACCUCGUUAAUCGUAAUUUUUACAGUGAUAACUCAAGGCGGUGCCACGAAUUUUUUGCUCAAAUUCUUCCAAAUACCAUUUGGUGUGGAAGACGAGACUGAAGCGCUGAAUCAUCACGAGGGCCGCAGUGUUUACAAUUCCAUGGAAAAUACAUCAGCGUCCAUCGACACAGGAUUGAAUUUGGCGCAACUACAUAUAAAUCCGAGAUGUUCUCUGGAUAUUGAACAUGGAGCAUCUCCAGAUGUUCCAGCAAAUGUUUCGACAGUGCCAAAGAAAUGCGAGAAAGCGCUUUUAGCUAGGAUUUGGGGAAAUUUCGAUAAAAAUUAUAUGAAACCUUUAUUAACGCAUUCGCGACCUACUUUAUUGGAAACAUUGCCGGUGUGUUGUAAUCCACUCGCCCGGCUACUUACGACAACCGAACAAUUGACGCAGGAGCGAACAAAUAUCCGUCAUUCCGAUUCGGAUUCGGAUCUCUGCUUAAAUGACAACGACGACUAUCGUUCGGGUAGCAUAAGUGGCAGCACGUUAAACAAUAACAUUGGUACGCUUGAUUCACGAGUGCGACGCAGUUCAAAUGGUCGUGGCCAUGAAAAGCCGUAAAUUUAUAUUGUCUUAUGGCACACAUAAACUGUGCGUGUGUGUUACUUAUAACUUAUUACGUGUUACGCAAGUGUCAAUCAUGUUUGUGUUUCUAUUUGAGAAUUGCGAUCAUCUCACCUUUCCCGUAUUCAUUUAAAUAAGUGUGUAUAGAGAAACAAAUCAUCUGUGUUUAUAAAAUGUGAUCGAUCUUGUCUAAUUUCUACUGCUAUUUGUAGAUUGUGAAAGUUUAGAAGGUAAAACCUUCAGUUUUUUUGCUUUUCAAAAGAUAUUUUCAAAAUUAAGUGUGUUAAAAACGUGUUCGAGUGUGUGUAUCGCCAAUAGAUAGCCUGAUAUUGCAGAAGUGUGAAAAUCAAUCUACAAACCACAAAAACCGUAUAUUUAACACGAAUAUAUUAUUCAGAUCACAUCAAACACGUUCCCUUGUGAAAAUCGAUGUUUUUUAUGAAUAAGAAUGUAUAAAGAGAAAAAUAUUUGAACCAAUAAUUAAAAAAAAUAAAUAAAAAAAACUACCCUGUAAUUUAACUAAUUUAAUUGGUGAUUUGUGUGCAAAGGAAUUUCAUUGCCCAUAACCGGAACCACAGACAUGUUACCCAUUUAUUUUCUUUUCUACUAUUAUUGAAUACCAUUUUUUUCUUUAAUUUAAUUUAAUUUAUACAUUUUAUGUGAUUUUUCUUUGUUGUGAACCCAGAAUUCAGUUAAAAACUGCUUGAAUUAAGCUAUAUGAGCACAAGUGUGAAAGAUAUAAAAUGGAUUUAAGGAUUUUUGGUUGAAAAAAUAAAGUACAGUAUUUACUUUUAAUAAUAUGAAAUAAUUUCUUUGGUAUUUUCAUGAAAUUUUGAAAUAAAUCAUAUAAAAUUCCUUUAUUCUAAAUGAGAUAAUAUUCCGAGUUUCGGACGUUGAAAGUGUUUUACUGUACUUUAUUCGGAGCUAUUUGAAAUCAACCUUUGAUCAUUUAGCUAAGAGAUGGUUGUGACCUUAAGCCAAAUAUGUGUAUGGAAAUAAAGAAUGCAAAUGUAAUUUCAAUAAUUUCUUUGUUAUUCGUAAUGCUAUUCGAUAAUGUUGUUCGAUAUUUUAAGAGAAAGAGAGAGUGAAAUAGUUAACUACUCUAGGUUUAAUUUAAAAUAUGUUAAAUUAAAUUCUAUUGUUUAAUUGUAUAGAUUUAUUUAUACGAGUAUGACUCAAUAUGCGUAAUGUGCCAGAGCCGUAAUCAUGUAUCUCAUUGGCUUAAGAAAGCAAAUAAAAUUAAUAGGAUUUCA